AUGGCGGAUCACUAUCAGACAACAAGGUCUGACAAGCAACGAAAACAACCUGGUGCAACGCACACCAGGAAACAAGCAAGAGACCCCAUUACUCUUAUCUUUGACCACUUCUGGGCCAAGAUAUGGGCACGCUUACGGGCUGAAGCGCCAUGCCAAAAUCCUACAUACUACGACCAGAGCCAACGGCAGAUGGGUGAGUGAGGGUCCUUCUCAGGGCAACACCAAAACCCAAGCUUCCGACUCCCACAUUUUAGGCCCUCCUUGGCCACACAAGCGGGGAAAAGCAAAGCAAAGACCCAAGCGACCUGCCAAGACUCCUCGCACCACCCCGAAAAGGUCGAGCCUGGACCACGACGGUCUCCAGGCUCGUGGCCUACAAGCACCAGCCCUCACGCAACCCUGGGGCAGAAGAGGAUCCCUGUCUCCGAAACAUCGCAGCUCCACACAGAUGAGACCCACAUCAGGAAGACAACAGACGACUGUCAAUCACAAGGCCCACUGCAACAGUGUCCUAAUACCGGCACACGCAAGGGGAGAGAUCUCCCCAGCAUACCACACCAGCACAGACAACUACCAGCAAGGACCUAAUCAGCAGAAGUGUCCAGAUCUUUCCACACUGCACCUGACAGCUUUGGCAUCCAUUAAGGACCGACACUUGACACGGACCAGCAGGAGGGUGAGUGGAGACACUGGGCUGGCAAAUACAAAGGACUACCUAUUGAAACACAACAGUGGCAUCGGAUGA